AUGAAGCUAGACUAUGGACUAGAUUUUGCAACCACCAAUGUGAAGCCUGAACACCGGGUAUCAUACUGGAGGGAGGACUAUGGCAUCAACUCCCAUCACUGGCACUGGCACCUCGUCUACCCUGAGCAGAGUCCGGGCGGUGAAGCCAAGGACCGUAAAGGUGAACUCUUCUACUACAUGCAUCAGCAGAUGAUUGCUAGAUACGACAUGGAACGGCUUAGUGUUGGUCUAAAUCGCGUUGAAAAGUUAUCGAACUGGCGCGUGCCCAUCACAGAUGGUUACUUCCCCAAACUCUACGCUAACAACUCUGGCAAAGCUUGGGGCACCCGCCAGGACGACUCUCUCAUGGAGGUAAUAAGAAUAAGAAUAAUCUUUAUUUCUACAAACUUGAGACGACCUGACAUUGAGAACGAUAUAGACAUCGAAGACUUGGAAUCCUGGCGAAAUCGACUGAGGGAUGCCAUCGACAGAGGCCUCAUGAUUGAGAGCGAUGGAAAUACAGUGAUGCUCUCAGAUAACCCAGAAACAGGAAAACGAGGUAUUGACAUCUUGGGCGACGCUGUAGAACCAGACAGGAAUCUGAGUCCCAACUCAAAGUUCUACGGUGACCUUCAUAACAAGGGCCACGUGAUGAUUUCCUACAUUCAUGACCCUGACUAUGCACAUAAGGAGGAGAUGGGAGUGAUGGGGGACGUGAUAACCGCCGUCAGGGAUCCAGUUUUCUUCCGCUGGCACAAGUUUGUUGAUGACAUCUUCCAGAAGUACAAGAUGACACAGCCACCAUAUACCGAGGAGGAUUUGAGUCUGGAAGGUGUGGAGGUGAACUCUGUUGAAGUUUCAGGUAAUAAUGAACCGAACGUUCUUACAACUGGAUGGAACAUAAAAACCUUUAAGAUCAAGAAUGGUUUAGACUUUACACCGGAGCAAAAAAUUAACUUGCCCAUCAAACACCUGGAUCACGUCCCCUUCAAGUACAAACUUCAGGUAACCAACCACAAUAUUGCUACGAAGAUUGUUACAGUGAGAAUUUUCCUGGCUCCCAAAAAGAACGUGCUAGGAGAGGACAUGAACUUCAUGGAGCAGCGUCUACUGUGGGCUGAGAUGGACAAGUUCACUAAAGAAUUGACGCCUGAGACUAAUGAAUUUGAACGAAGUUCCAAGGAUUCUUCCAUCGUCAAUACCAAUGAUUUCACCAUGAGUGAGAUGAAUAAUAUUUCUGCAGGGCAUGUUCUGAGAAGUGACUCAGGAAAUUUUUCAACUGGUACUGUCGCUGGGGCUGCCACUGCCAGUGAGAGUGGAGCAAGUCGCAGCAGGGACAACUCAUGCGAAAUAUCUGUAGCAGUAUACAUCGUAACUGGAGUGAGUGGACUAGCAGUCAAAGCAACAUCAUCUUUCUGCAGGCUGCUCACUGAAGCCAUGACAAGAGUCACAGUUGCCUGCCAAAAGAGCUACUAUGGCUUGAAGAUGUCAUCCUCUCAACAGAGUUGGAGUCAUAGCAGAGGAAAUGACGAUUCUGCAAAUAACUACUGUGGAUGUGGCUGGCCCGCUCACCUGCUGCUUCCCCGAGACACUGAGGGUGCGCAGUUCCAGGUCUUCGUCAUGCUCACAGACUAUGAAAACGAUAAGGUGGAAGAACAGAGGAGUGUCAGCAGAGGACCGAAUUGUGUCAACGGAGUGUCCUUCUGUGGGAUCCAGAACGCCAAGUACCCGGACAAACGCCCUAUGGGCUUCCCUUUCGACCGUCGACCAGCUAUCCUGAAUGAUAAACCAGCCCAAAACAUUUCUGAUUACGCCAAACUUAGUAACAUAUUUGUGAGAGAUAUUACUAUCCAAUUCUGCAACGGCGAGAUCAUGACGUAGAUGUGGUAGUUGUAUCUACCAUUCCAUCAUUAAUAGGCUCCAAAAAAAUGUGCCACUUGCUUAAACACUCACAACAUAACCUUACAGUAAUGAUGUUGCUCAUUGAAUGAAACACCAUGUUCAAGAUUAGCAUUAAAUAUUGAUAAACAUUUUUCUCUUUGUAUCUUCGAUAUUUUGUUCACACAUUCUAGAUUAUGCUUGUUGGUAAUUAUAAUUUACAUUGAUAUAUCUUUGUUACAUAUUAUUCAUUCUAUAAUAUUCUUUUAGAUUUUUUUUCGGUCAAAUGACUUGUUAAUUGAUUUUAAAGUUUAGCUUAUUGGCACAAGAGCGUCAUUAACACUGUGUGGCCUUUUUACCAUCAGUUGAAAAUACUUUAAUCCAGAAUAUGGACGUUUUGGAAUUAAAAUAAACUCAAGGUGUGUAUAAAUUCACAUAUAUGCCUCCAGGUGUGCAUGCAGAGAUCCUCGCAGUAAACAUACAUCAAGAGAGCUCUGCCCACCAAAAUAUAUACAAAUUCUUUAAAUAUAUGUCCAUUACCUUGGAAAUGUGUGAACAGAGAACGAAAGUGAUGACUGGUACAAUGUAUAUGUCAAUAUAUGAUUAAUAGCGCUAUUUCCAUCUGCAGUAAAAUAGUACAUUCAUCCUGGUGAAGAAAUCGGGAAAUUUAUAUAUUUCUUAAUCUUGCCGAAGUUUUUAAGACAAAGUUUGUGUUGAUUUUUUCAGUAUAUGAAUGAUAAUGUAUUAAGGUUUUUCUGUACGUGGAAGAGCUGUUGUUGUAUUUUGAAUAUUGUUUUAUAAAAUAUUUUACUGGCUUGCUUCAAAUCUAUGAAGACUACGAUAUUUUAUAUUUAGUGGCAAUAUCAUAAAUAUUGCUUAUUUUAUUAUUAAUAUACUCAUGGCUGAAAGUCCGUGGAUGAGCAUUUUAAGAUAAUAGAUUGUUAUACUCUCUUGUGAAAGUUAAAAUUAUAUAGAAUAUGGGAACAUAUAUAUGCAUUUACUAUACAAACUUUAACAGUUUUCUGUCUAUGGAUAUAGCUAUGCAAGAAAUGCUGGGAGCCUAUUUAUUCGAUUUAAUUCGAGAAUUUGAUGGAACAAAUCAAGCAACCUACUGAGGACAUUAAGAUUUUUUCGGAGGAUGACUAUAAGCACACAAGGUUGAGACAAACAGGAACGCAAACACUAGGACAUAUUAGAAAAAUCUUGAUUAUGGUCCCAGAACCAAAACGUUUUCCAAUAAAUAUGUCCUAGUGUUUGCUUACGUGUUUUUCUAAACCAACUUGGUAUUUAUUACCAAGGUUUAUACCACACAAUGUCAUCUUCAUGUAACAUUUCACUGAAUUGAUUGUAAACUUUUCACUUGUUCAGUAAGUUGCUUUAAACAACAACAGUAGGUUACCCAUCGUUAUUUCAAGCAGCGUAGUCAUGCCCAGAGGCAAUGCCCAGAGAACUCAAAUUUGCAAUAUUUCCCUGCCAAGAUGAGUUACACCAUGACAAUAAUGGUAUUUCCGCACAUUGCUGGUUGAAUUUAGAUACCUUUAUAAGUAAAACCAGUGAAUAUAGACCUAACUUAAUGUGUGAAGUCAUGUUUGUACUUUUUUUAAUUGUGUCAUAAGUAUUAGUUUUUGUCAUGGUGUUGUUCCAAUUAAUUACAUGUUUUACAAUUUUUAGUUUGCUAGUAGUGGAAAUAACAAUAUUUCUAAUUAUUAUUAUUUUUGAGUUUUCAUUAUUAUAUAA